UAGAGACUUCCGGUUUGCCAGACGAAGUAUUUUGUCGGUGUUGGUGUAGUGGGAUGGUGUUUCAGGACUUCACAUAUAGUGGAUGAAAUUCUCGCAAAAGCUAAUACUUUUGUGGACGUUUAAGCGUGCAGUUUCAUUAUGUAUCUCCAUCGAUGUAAUUUGUGGCCGUAAUUGUUUAUUAAACCAUAAGUGAUGUUUUUUAUUUAUUCAUUCAAAUAACCUGUACUUCAUUAUCUCCCUGCUGUGUUUUUCGGGUUGAAAUUCGCGAAGGUGACAAUGUGGAACUGUGUCAUAUGCCUGUCAGACAUGGAGGAACACAGCAUCAACCUGAGCACCAGUAUCGACUACCUUCCAGGUCUCAUGGGCAAUCAGAGCAGGCUUAGUUCCAUGCAGUUGUUGUCGAUGGAAGGCAUGUUAAUGUCUACAGAGGAGAUUUUAAGUGUCCAGAAAUAUCAGAAACCCAGAUCAAUUAUAAAUUCCAUGGAAUUCUGAUGAUUUGACAAUAUUUAUCAGAAUGAUGGUGAAAGAAAAUUUAAUGAAAUGGAUUGCAUAUAUAAUUGCAGUUCUGCACGUGGGUUAUGCACAAAUAUAUCGAUGUCAAUCUCCAUACACCUGCAAAAAUCUGACUGACUGUGUGAACUCACUGAAGAGACCAGAGCAACUUCUUUUUUUGCCUUGUUCGAGUGGUGAUGAAGUCAAAGUGUGCUGUCCACGUUCAGACAACCUUUUGAGGCAUAAUAAUUUUCAGUUAUUGAAUGGCACUUGUGGAGAAUUAUCAGAUAUAAACAAAAUAAUUUCUGGUCAAAAUGCCACGAUAGGACAGUUUCCAUGGAUGGCACUCCUAGGAUAUGAAGGUAGAACCCCAGGUUCAACUGUAUUCUCAUGUGGAGGAACCGUUAUUAACAAGAGAUACAUCUUAACAGCUGCUCACUGUGUUUCUAUUGAAAACCAGAGAUUGAAAACUGUUCGUUUAGGUGAGCUCAAUUUGUCUACAAACCCUGACUGUGAAGAGUACUGUGCUGAUCCUGUGGUUGAGAGAGAAGUUGAAAGCACUGUUAUCCAUCCAAAGUAUAAUAAUCCAUUCCGCAAAAAUGAUAUAGCCUUGGUCAGAGUCAGUUCAGAUAUCCCAUAUACAGAUUUUAUAAGGCCAAUCUGUCUUCCAUUUGAAAAUUCAAAUAACACUGGAAGCCAAGUCAAAUAUCAGAUUGCUGGCUGGGGCAAACAGGAUUCAUUGGACACAAAUGGAAGCACUGUACUGCAGUUUGCAGUUGUAUCUAUAACACCAACAGAAGAAUGCAGUCCUUUGCAAUCAAGGCAAGUUCAACCACUAUCAAAGGCUACACAAAUGUGUGCAGGUGGACAAGGACCUGAUGCAUGCAAUGGUGAUAGUGGUGGUCCACUUAUGAAAUACACAAAUGAUUCAAAACCAGUACAGCAAGUUGGAAUUGUCUCAUUCCGAACAGGAACUGAGUGUGGUCCAACAGCAAGUGUUUAUACGAGAGUUGAUGGUUUUCUUGAAUGGAUACUUGAUAAUAUUGAACCAUAAGCUUGAAAGUAAUUCACUGUCCCAAGUAUGGUGUUAACGGCAGAUAAAUCAGCUUUAUUUAUCACAGUAUGAAAUAAUAACAUGAAAAUGAAAAGUAAAGCAGCUGUUGCAUUUAUCUAGAAGAAUCAGUGAAGAAGCUACCUUCAUUUAUAAAGAAGUUAAUACGCUGGAAAAGAGAAGUAAGAAUAUAUACAGAUCUGAGAUUUGCUCAAAAGGUUUUUUUUUUUUUUUUUUUUUUAAUUGAGAUGCUGGAGGAUUUUUAUCUAAGGUUUUUGUAUCCAUUUUUCUCUUUUUACAAUAAAAAAUUGCUCUGAUUUAGGGCACAUUUGAGUGCUUUGUCAUACUGUCUGUCAAUGCAGAAAAUAUUAAAUUUUUCAUGAGCUCUAUUUAUAUGAUUUUAUUGGUUAUAGAAAUUGUCCGUUAUGGAGCUCUAGUUUCAAAUGUUCAUUGAGUUUUGUAGUCCAUACAAAUCUCAUUAAAAAUAUUGCUUUCA